AUGGGACAGCGGAGCCCGCCCGGCGCCCCCGGAGCCCCGCCGCCGCCGCCGCCGCCGCUGCUGCUGCAGCUCCUCCUGCUGCUCCCGGCGGCCCACGCGGCGUUCACCGAGGUCCCCGCGGACGUGGCGGCGCGGGAGGGGGAGGACGUGGAGAUGCGCUGCGCCUUCCGGGCCCGCGGCGCCCCGUCCGCGCUGGAGCUCCAGUGGUGGCUCCUGCGGCCGCCCCGCCAGCCGCGGCCCGAGCCGGCCCUGAGCGCCCGGAGCCAGGGAACCAGCACGGAUGCGACUAAGAUCAGCGCCGUGCGUGUCCAGGGCCCGGCCAUCUCGCACCGGCUGCGGCUGGCGGCCGUGCGGCGGCGGGACGCGGGCGUGUACGAGUGCCGCGUGGCGGGCGCCGGCGCCGCGGACACGGACACGGACGCGGACACGCGGGGGCGCGCGGCCCGGGCCCUGCUGCGCGUGCUGCCCCGCCCCGCGCCGCCCCGCGUGCAGGUGGCCGAGGCCGCGUCCCACAUGCAGGGCGGCGGCCCCCGGAGUCCCGGCCCCGCGGCCAGCGUCCCCCGCCGCCCCACCGCCCCGCCCGGCCGCGGCUCCCGGAGCCCGCCGCCGCCUCCUCCUCCUCCUCCGGGAAGCCCGUCAGCCACCCCCGGCCCCGGGGUCCCCGAGGCCGCCACCCCCGAAGCCCCCGCAGCUGCAGCCGCUGCUCCGUCCGCUGCCCCGCCCGGCCAGGGGGUCCUGCGCCAGCGGCCUGGCUCCGGCACCGGCCCCACCUCCUCCACCGACCCUCUCCCGGCGCUGCUCCUGGUGGCUCUGCCCUGGCUCCUGGGCCGGCUGCUGGGGCUCUGA